AUGGAGAAGCCAGAGAUUAUGGAGUCUCCGCGCAAGCGACAGAAGACCGAGGAUGCUGGUUCCGCGGAGGUCGCCAUUGUCGGCGAUGGCGCAAUCGAGACCCCGAGCACCGCCGCAGUCUCAGAUGCUCAAGCUCUGAAGGAAGUCGAGGUCGGAAUCACGGAGUUUGUGAGCAACGACACUGAAGGAUUCUCGGGUAUCUUGAAAAAGAGAUACACAGAUUUCCUGGUCAAUGAGAUCACGACUACCGGCGAAGUUGUUCACCUCCGAAACACGAAUGCGCCCAACAGUUCCAACAAGCCUGCGCCUGCUGCGACAGAGCCUGCGGCUGCGCCCAAAGCCCCCGAGGCGGAAACCCCGGCUAAGCAGGAAGCAGCCCCAGUUGAGUUCCAGGUUUCGGAAGAGGACCACGCUCUUUUGGUCGAAUACUUUGGCGCUCAGCAUGCGACCGAAAUCAUCGCGCUCCACAAAAAUGCCAUGUCCAAGCCGAAGAGUCGCCCUAGUGAAUUCGGAAAAAUCAACGUUGGCGUGUCUGAUCGCGACCUUCGCACCAAGAUCCACCAGGCCAUUCGUCGCAUCUUCAGCUCUCAGCUGGAGUCAACUACUGAUGCAGAGGGAGUGAUGGCAAUUACCGCUGCGAACAACCGUUUCAAGCGCGACUCCAACGGAGGACGAGGCAACAAUGGCCGAACCCAGGGCAACCGAACAAACUGGGAAGAACUUGGCGGCCCAUACCUCCAUUUCACCAUCUACAAGGAGAACAAGGACACCAUGGAAGUUAUUGCUUUCAUCGCUCGCUCACUGAAGAUGAACGCAAAGUCUUUCCAGUUUGCUGGAACCAAGGAUAGGCGAGGUGCGACCGCGCAGCGCGCCUGUGCUCUGCGCGUCCAUGCCGAUCGGCUUGCACGGUUGAACUCGACUCUUCGCAACGCUCGCGUCGGAGACUUUGAGUAUCGCAAGCACGGUCUGGAGCUUGGAGAUUUGCAGGGCAAUGAGUUCCACAUUACUCUUCGCGACACUCAAAUUCCCGGUUUGGACCUGAGCGAUCCUCAGGCUGCGAUUGCCAAGGCCUCCGAGGUCGUCGGUACCUCCUUGAAGAACCUCUACAAGCGGGGAUACUUCAACUACUUUGGUCUCCAGCGAUUUGGAACCUUCGCCACUCGAACGGAUACAAUCGGUGUCAAGAUGCUGCAGGAAGAUUACAAGGGCGCGUGCGAUGCUAUUUUGGAAUAUAACCCUGCAUCUCUUCAGGCCGCAAUGGAGGGUGCUUCCUCUACCGCAAACAUUAGCACUGAUGAUAAGGAUCGUGCCAUGGCUAUCAACAUGUUCAAGUCUGGUGGUAGCAUCGCGGAUGCUCUGCAAAAGAUCCCCCGCAAGUUCACUGCCGAAAGCAAUCUGAUCCGCCACCUUGGCAGGAGCCGAAAUGAUUACUUGGGUGCAUUGCAGACUAUCCCCCGGAAUCUGCGGUUGAUGUACGUGCACGCAUACCAGUCCCUUGUCUGGAAUUUCGCUGCAAGUGAGCGUUGGCGCCUUUAUGGUGACCGGGUCGUGGAAGGCGAUCUCGUCAUUAUUCAGGAGCAUCGCGAGAAGGAAACUGCCUCUGCCGUCGAGGCUGCCGAAACCGUCGAUGCCGAUGGUGAAAUCAUUGUUAUUCCUCAGGGCGAAGACAGUGCCGUUGCGGCCGAGGACAUGUUUAUGCGGGCACGUGCCCUGACUGCCGAAGAGGCAGCCAGCGGCAAAUAUACUAUCUUUGACCUGGUGCUUCCCCAGCCUGGAUAUGAUAUCAUCUACCCCGAGAACGAAAUGAAGGAAUUCUAUCGCCGCUUCAUGAAUAGCGAGCAGGGCGGUGGCCUUGAUGCGUUCAACAUGCGUCGCAAGUGGAAGGACAGCAGUCUUAGCGGCAGCUACCGCAAGAUUUUCAGUCGCAUGGUGGGAGAUGAUUACUCUUUCGACGUGAAGCUUUAUUCAAAGGAUGAGGAGCAGUUUGUUGAGACAGACUUGGAAAAGCUGAAGGCUGAGAAGAAGGAUGUCGAUACUGUUAUGGCUACCGAGGCCACGCCUGAUAAACUGGCGGUUGUGCUGAAGUUCCAGUUGGGAUCGAGCCAGUACGCCACCAUGGCCAUUCGGGAAUUGACGCAUGGAAGGGCCACGGCUCACCAGGCUGAUUUCGGGAGCGGAAGAUAA